CCCCAGGCUGCAGUGUUCCGCCCGCCCCCAGCCGGCAGCCAUCUUGUCCGGAGCGGGGACCGGACCGGCGCUACCGGGAGUACCGGACCGAGACCAGCAGGAAAGCCGGGUGUAACUUGGAAUCCCGGCAUUGACACCCCAGCCCGGCCGAGCAGGGGAUUCCGGGGGUGGGGACCUGUCUUACCGGAGCGGUCGGAACCGGCACCAGCCGGGGGGCACCGAGGGAGACCCGGACUGGCACUGCGAUCCCUGGGCUGCGGUUGGGACCGGGUGUUGGCUCUCCCGGCGGGUCCUAGCUCGGACCAAGAGACCGGGAAGAUGAGCUGCUGGUAGCCGCAGCCGGUGGCCCGGGAAAGGGUCCCGGAGAGGGAGCGGGUCACAUCCCGGGGGGUCCACGGACACCAUGGCCUCAAACUGCAGCAGCAGCGCCGUGACCGGGAGCGCCAGCAAGACCAAGACUAAGAAAAAACACUUCGUGUGUCAGAAAGUGAAGCUCUUCCGAGCCAGCGAGCCCCUCCUGAGUGUCCUAAUGUGGGGGGUCAAUCAUACAAUCAAUGAGCUGAGUAAUGUCCCAGUACCUGUUAUGCUGAUGCCCGAUGACUUUAAAGCCUACAGCAAGAUCAAAGUGGACAAUCACCUUUUCAACAAAGAGAACCUGCCAAGCCGAUUCAAAUUUAAGGAGUAUUGUCCCAUGGUCUUCCGAAACCUGCGGGAAAGAUUUGGCAUCGAUGAUCAAGACUACCAGAACUCAUUGACCCGUAGUGCACCUGUGAACAGCGAGACUCAGGGCCGAUUUGGCUCGCGUUUUCUCACCACCUUUGACCGGCGGUUUGUUAUCAAAACGAUAUCCAGCGAGGAUGUGGCUGAGAUGCACAAUAUCUUAAAGAAAUAUCACCAGUUUAUAGUGGAGUGUCAUGGUAACACACUACUUCCACAGUUUCUUGGUAUGUACCGGCUUACAGUGGAUGGUGUAGAAACCUAUAUGGUUGUCACCAGGAAUGUGUUCAGCCAUCGACUUGGGGUCCAUCGAAAGUAUGACCUAAAGGGUUCCACAGUCUCCAGAGAAGCCAGUGAUAAAGAAAAGGCAAAAGAACUCCCCACAUUUAAAGAUAACGAUUUUCUAAAUGAAGGGCAGAAACUCCACGUGGGUGAAGAGAACAAGAAAAUCUUUCUGGAGAAGUUGAAGAGAGAUGUUGAGUUCCUCUCUGUACUGAAGAUCAUGGAUUACAGUCUUUUGGUGGGCCUGCAUGAUGUGGAUCGAGCAGAGCAAGAAGAGAUGGAAGUAGAAGAACGGGCAGAAGAAGAAGAAUGUGAGGAUGGUUCUGGGAAUCCUAUCUGCUCAUAUGGCACACCUCCAGAUAGCCCUGGGAACCUCCUCAAUUUCCCUCGCUUUUUUGGGCCAGGGGAGUUUGACCCGUCCGUUGAUGUCUAUGCAAUGAAGAGCCAUGACAAUGCACCGAAGAAGGAAGUUUAUUUCAUGGCCAUUAUAGACAUCCUGACACCAUAUGAUGCCAAGAAAAAAGCUGCACAUGCAGCCAAAACUGUCAAACAUGGGGCAGGAGCAGAGAUCUCAACAGUAAAUCCGGAGCAGUAUUCAAAGCGCUUUAUUGAGUUCAUGUCCAACAUCAUUGCGUAGCUCUCCUUUCUCCGUCCCUUGGCACUACCCGUUUUAUGCCUAGAGAGAUUACGGUCACUCCCGGGGGUGUGCGUGCAAGUGUCUGCAUGAGUCUGAGUGAGCUGGUCUGUGCUGCAUGCCCAUCCUGUUUGUAGAGCCCCCCUCCCACCCUACAAUGUUAACAAUAAUGUGACAACCCCACCCUUUGUUUAAAAUUUGUAAUGUUGAAUUUAAAGGUCACACAGACAAUAUGGUCAUACUAGGAAUUGAGUUACUUCCCCAGUCCCACAGUAGAGACUUCCCUGCCCUUAUCUUUAUCUGAAAGUAUUUUGUACUCUGCCUGUAAGGUGUGUGCACACUAUUGCUGUUAUAUGACCUUUUCCCACCAAAGUCCUGCUUGAGUUUUCCAUCGCUACGCCAUUGGAUUACAGAGGUUAGUGCACUAGAUUUCUUAUAACCGGCCUCAAGCCUAUCACAGAAAUACAGUUCACGUCCAUCUGCAAUUCCAAAGGUAGCUAUCACUGACUUAAACUAAUCUUGUCUCAAAACAUUUGAUCUAUUGUAGAUUGGAGCAAUUUGUGUCAAUGGAUGGUGGAUUUCUCCUCUUGACAAUACACAAACCUAAAAAUUAUGGUUUCACAAGUAAAAACAAUGUUGAUUAAUAUACUUUUUGAGAGAUGAUAUGGGAUCUCUCAGAAUAAUGAAGCAUAUUCAUUAGCUCCAAACGUUGGUAUAAUAGAACGUUCUGGCUUCCAUGUGCUCGCCCUGGCAUGGAUUCAGAGGUUAAUCAAUCUAGAAGUACAUGCAUAUCAGAAUGAAUGGGACAAAUACAUUAAGCUGUUUGAUGUGAAAUGCUGUUCAUAAAUCCAAAUGAUUGUUUGAUUUUUGCAUGACAGUGAUAGAUUGGUGCCUACACUGUUUCUUAAUGGAACGUUGCAUUGAUUAUGCAGUUUACUUGGUGCAAUUAAACUGAACUAGAUUUUGGAAUGUACCAGUCUAACACAUUAGCUAGCAUCCAUCAGAACUAUUGUUUUGUCACUUAAUUUUUUAGGAUAGAAUCCUGAAACUAUCAAACCAUGUUAGAAUUUCACUUACAUUCCAGUGCAAAAAAAAAUAAGACCGAAUAAGACUACCCUCUUAUUGACCAGAUGAUUUUUGGGCAAAAGGUGGUAAUGAGCAGAAAUUCUGCGGCCAUUAAAGUAUCCUUUUAAAAAGCACUACUACCAUGCUACAUUCAAUUUCAUUGUUGGUAGCUCAAUACAAUAUUCAUGUAAAUAUUCAAUUUUGGAAUUAUGUAUAAAACUAGGUCUAUGGGUUCAGAUAGCUGAAGUUUAGUCACUUAUAACUAUUAAUUUCAGUAUGAUGGCAGGAGAGAUCUACCCAUCCUCACAGAAUGCUCUUAUAUAACUUGAGCCUCAUCCUAAAGGCACAGGAAAUGUUACAGUCUAUAAUGAAGACAAACUCCCCAAAUCCCCCUCUCCUUUUUGUAGUAUUUAUACUGUUCUAGGUCCAAUGUCCCUAAAUCAGAUGUGUUGUUGAUCCUUGUGUUGGUUAAGGAGUUCACUAUGACUUAACUGCCACGGCACUCCUUCAGUUUUACCCUAAAGGAAACUGCUUCCUUUUCCCAGGUAUUUAACUGAUUUAAUAUAAGUGUUCUGUAAUCUGUUUACAUAUAAUGUAGCAUUCUGUUACAAAUGCUAAUCGUUUCUGACAGUAUUGUUUUAUUAACGAGUUGCAAUUUUUUUUUUGUUUAAAGAAAAAGGGAUUUUUUUUUUUUGGCUCUUGAUUUGGUUCUCUUCCUAGGUCAUCUUUUAUUCCUUGUACUUAUUUAAUAUUAAUCAUGGUAUAUAUGGUUGUCUGAGUUUUUCAUAUUUUUUUUUUUAUAAUGAUGAUCUUUUGGUCUGAGUGCUGGUGUUACAGUAUGUCCUCCCAAUCUUCUUAUCCUUAGUAAUUAAAAUAUAUAUUGCAUUUGCAAUAGCACUGGAGCUUGAUGGAAUUGUUUUCAAGAACUAGUCUGAAUGUCUAGCAGAGGUGAGGGAAUGGUUCAUGUUUCCACAAACAGCAGUUUGCCAAAUUUUUUCCUUCAUCAAUUGUAAAACUUGUCAAUAAAGUGAGUGUUCUUGGUUA